AUGUUGGAGAUGCUUGAAUACAGCCACUAUCAGGUGCAGUCCCACCUGGAGAGUCCCACGAAGUACCACAUCCAGCAAGCUCAGAGGCAGCAGGUGAGGCACUAUCUAUCAUCCCCCCUGGGUGGUAAAGCCAACAGUCAUUGCCCCAGUCAGCCCCCCGAGCAUGGCAUGCCACCCGGGCCUGGCAGCAGCGCUCCAAACAGUCCAAUGGCCCUGCUCACUCUGAGCUCCAACUGUGAGAAAGAGAUGGAUGAUGUCAUCGAUGAUAUUAUAAGCUUGGAGUCAAGUUACACUGACGAUGUUCUUGGACUUAUGGACCCUACUCUACAAAUGAAUAACACGCUCCCUGUGUCUGGUAACCUUCUUGAUGUUUAUGGCAACCAAGGACUCCAACUACCAGGCCUUGGCAUCAGCAACUCCUGUCCAUCCAAUAUUAAGAGGGAAUACACAGUAACUCCAGCUCCUGGCAUGAAGCAAGUACUGGACAAGACUGGAUCCUGUGGCCAGUAUGAAAGCUAUCACAGGUCAGAGGGCUUUCCAGUAGAAGCUGAAGUACGUGCUCUUGCUAAAGAGAGACAGAAGAAAGACAACCACAACUUAAUUGAACGAAGACGGAGAUUUAACAUAAACGAUCGCAUCAAAGAACUCGGAACCCUGAUACCCAAGUCAAAUGACCCAGACAUGCGCUGGAAUAAGGGCACCAUUCUGAAAGCCUCAGUAGACUAUAUCAGGAGGCUACAACGGGAGCAGCAGAGAGCCAAGGAGCUAGAAUGCAGACAGAGGAAGUUGGAGCAUGCAAACCGCCAUCUGAUGCUCCGUAUACAGGAGUUGGAAAUCCAGGCCCGAGCUCAUGGUCUCACAUUGGUAUCAUCCUCAUCUGUCUGCGCAACGGAAUUGAUGGCCAGAGCCAUUAAACAGGAGCCCCUCCUCAGUGACUGUCCCUCAGAUCUCUACCAGCAAAGCACAACUCCAGACAUGUCUCCUCCAACCACACUUGACCUCAACAAUGGAACAAUAACCUUUGACCAGAUACCAGCAGAUGCUGGGGACCCUGGCCAUUAUGGAAACACCAGGACAUGUAAAAUGGAAGAAUUGGUAAGGGAUAACACCCUAUCACCAAUUUCACCAAAUGACCCCCUGUUUUCCUCCAUGUCCCCGGAUUGCUCCAACAACAGCAGCCACCACGGUUCCAGCUCUGGUAUGGAGGAGAAUGAUCAAGGCUGUUAG